AUGCCGUCGCAGUAUCCAUCGAUUCAGAGUUUCUUUCGGAAGGAAGUUAAAGGGGAUGAAGGAAUGUCUGCUUUGAGUGUGGUGGGUAACUCGAACUUGCAGGGGAGGGGAGGGAGUACACAGGGUGAUGGGUUUGGGAGGGAUGGUGGUGGAGUAGAGAGGGGUGGGGAAGAUGGGGAAGAUGGGGAAGAUGGGGAAGAUGGGGAAGAUGGGAAAGUUGAAUUUGGAGAUGGAUUUACGGAAGAAGAAUUACAUGAGGCCAUGGAUCCUUUGGCUAAAAAGUGGAAUCCGAGUAGAGAGUAUGAGAGUUUGGCUGUGGGAGAAUUGAUUCCUGGACCAAAAGCAGUUACAUUCAUAGGUAGAGUGGUCAGUUUCGCGACAAUUAUUGGAAAAAGUGCCAAACAACCAAGAGCUAGGGGAUGGCAUUAUGUUGGUGUUAGAGGAGAAGGUGGUGUUGUUUCGAUAAAACUAUAUUUCGCAAAUCAAUCUUACCCCCUCAAAUUAGGUCAACUUCUCUCAAUUUGGACAGCCUUCAUAUCUGAUACUUCGAAAGCCGACGGUGCAUCUACAGCUGGUAUUCUCGUUUGCGCAAAUUUAUUUCCUGGUCGCAACACGAGUGAUCAUUUGAUGAUUCAUACUCAUUCCGGUGCUGCAGACGUUUGUCGUAUUCCUUUCGGUUACAUUAAGGGCGAACCAUUACCUGGGCUCAUGACAUUGGAAGCUUAUCUAAAUGGAGGGUAUGAUGGAGUUCUAGAUGUGAAAUUACUCGUUUGUGUAAAGAGUAUCGGAGCCAAGAAGAAGAUUGUCAAAAAAGAUGGAGGGGAAUCAGAUCUUAUUGAAAUGAUACUCUUCGAUCAUACUGGCGAAACAAAAAUGAAAUGUUGGUCGGAUUUGAUCGAGAGUGUGAAGGAAUGGAUACCAGGAAAAACCAUCCUACUCGUUUCGAACCCAAUGCAUAAGCUUGAUUAUGGAGGUAAAGGAAUAAUCUGUUGGGGAAGAAAUACAAUGGUAGAUGUGGAACCGGAAUUCGCAGAUGCGAAUUGGUUGAGGAAAUGGGCAAAUGGAUUGAUGAGGAAAGAGAGUAUAGGAGUGGAGUUUCCAAGUGAAGUUUGGGGGGAGGAAGAUAUUGAGGAAGCAAUUUAUGGACCUAGAACGGCAUUAUUUGGGCUGAGGGAUGUGGAGGAGUGGGUUAGAGGUGGAGAGGGAGAGGUUUUCACAGGCUGGAUUAGUGUUGUGUUGGUGGAAUUGAGCUUGGUGAAGAUUUGGAGGAGGAAUAUGUUGUUUUGUGGGGAAUGCUGCGGUAUACAACUCUACUCACCCACCCCCAGUCUCGAAUGUCCGCACUGCUCGAAACUCCUACAACUUAUCAUGAAUCCGAAAGUCAUUGCGACAUUGAUCGAUGAGACGGGAAUGAUAAGUGGUGGGAAAUUAGUCUGGAGUGAGAAGGCGUGGAAGGAAUUAUUAGGGAGAGGAACAGAGGAGCUUUGCCAGAUGGGAGUUGAAGAGGUGAAGAUGUUGGAGUGUAGAAUGGUGGGGUUGAGAGUUAGUUUGUGUUUUGGGUGGGUGGGGGAUGCUGGGGGAGAGAGGGUGGGAGGGAGAUUGUGUGUUUUGGGGGUUAGGAGUUGA